AUGAUCAUGAAGAAAGAAACUUCUUCACCCAUUCAGCACAAGAAGGGUGAGCAAGGAUUAGGUGGGAGUGAUAGGCCGGUUGUUUCCCGUGGUUAUUCAGUCUAGAUUUGCCUUUUACCGCGAUGACUAACUCCGAGGGAUGACUUUGCCAAACUCCCCGAUGACGACCAUUGCGAUUUCCAAUCUUGUUCGUCCAACAACUUUUCCUUUCCCCUCUUUUUCUUAUAAGUAGUAAAAUAACUCAAAACGACUUCAUUAUGACAAUCCUUCCCCCUUUUUGAAUGUCUGCCUUUUUUAUCAAUCGAAUGUUUACACCUGCGGCUUAUUGUUAAGCUCGCUGAACACGAGAGAUUAUAAUAUUUUGCGGGUCGAUUUCCCUUCCCGUCAAUGAAUUUAUGGUGAUAUUGUUCGCACUCUCUUAACCUUCAUAAAACCCAAAUUAAUUGCGCGACGAAUGUUUUUUGUUUUGAGUUGGGAGGCUUUCUUCUCUUUUCUCGUCGACUGAUUAGACUCUUCUCGACUUCAGAAGCCCCCACUUUGAGCGGAAUUCUUUUUAUUGUUCAUUCCCCUGAUUUUUCUGCCUUUUUUUGAUUCAUCCAAACAAAAAAGUUUUUUCUUUUAGAUAUUCAGAACAUAAGGGAUAUUCAAAUAUUGCGAGCCCGGGCUGGACUAGCCUUGUUCUUCAAAUUAAUCUUGGCGUAGACGCCGCUCCUUCAAUCGGCUGGAUUGGGGUAGGAGUGGGGAUGAGUAAGAUGCGGCUUUCUCGAUUGCGCAAGGUCAGUCGAUUGGAUGGCCAAGAUUUUCAUCGAUUGAAACGAGAAUGCCUGAAGGGACAACAUUUAUUUGUUGAUCCAGAAUUCCCUCCGACGAACGUUUCCUUAUUUUUGGAUCGAAAUCGGAGUGCUGACAUUGUUUGGAAGAGGCCGAGUGUAAGCUUUUAACAGUUUUUAAUGUACUUGAAGUCUUCUUUAAUUUUUUUCACAAUCCAAGACCUUUUUUAGUAUAAUUUAUUCUGAUUUUAUUGUUUGUUUGAUUCUGCAAACAAAUGACUCUUUUAUUGAGUAAUAUGUUUGUAAAAUGAAUCUGCAGAAUUUCCUUUCAACUUUCUAGGCCCCAUGUUUAAUAUUUUGUUAUUCAGACAUAAAUGUUUUUCUUUUUUCGCAAGAAUCUGAAUUCUUAUUCCUUGACUUAAAGGUCAUUGACAUCAGUUUUUACUAUUACUAAUCGUGUAUAACAUUUUAAUGUCUGUUAUACGUUAUCCAAUUUUAUCCCGCUGUCAAGGAACGACUUCCUAAUUUCGUCAUUGUUGCGCAAUAUUGCAAAAUUGCAAGAAUUUUGAGUCAUCUUUUCCGCGUUCAGACUUUUCGGGUCGAUGACAGUUUGGGUCAACACGAAAUCGAUCAGGAUAAGACUUACAAGGGAUCGGCAAAAGCGCGCACCCUGGUUUUUUCUUGAAACAUGUACCAUUUGAAAGAGCGUAAAAAACUGGUCUAGGAUCACCUUUUAUUAGCUGCUAUUUUUUCUCUACGCCUUCGCUAGCGAGCAUUCUUUAGUUCUAGGCUUAUCUCACCCUUUUUCCGAGCAAACAAAUCCGAACGAUUUCCAAAGCACAGCGCAGCAGUGCUUCGGUGGCCUAGUGGGGUAAGGCGCUGAACGAGGCGAACCUGCGAACCGGGUUCGAAACCUCUUUUGAUUUUUUUGAUUUUCUUUAUAUUGCAAAUCAAAUAUGGCCUGGAAAUAGUGUUUGAGUGUCGUGUAGACAUUUGUGGUAUUUGUGGUAUAAUCGGAGUAGUUUUUUUAAGAAAAAACAGAGAUUUUUUAAAUUCUUUCAAAUUUGUAGUACUUGCCCUUGAAGUGGGUAUCUUCUAUGGCUGGAACUUUCAACGACUUUCAGAUUUUUACGAAUUAAGCCCAGUAACGGAAAGUACGUGAAAAUUGAGUCUGAAAACGGUUUACAUGUUUUCUACCCGCUAUGUUGCAUUGGGUUACACGACCUAAAAGAUCGCGUGAUCACACAUUGUGAACAUGGACUUGGGUAUCUCAAGGUCGGAAAAAAGUGUGUAUUCUUUGGCAUAGGGUGAAGCGUUGGACGUCAUAGGUACGUAUGGGACAUAUGAAAAGUAAUUAUUGAAUCUUUUUAGCCGUUCAGAAGCAAAGAGUCGUGAAAUCCAACCGGGAUUUUUAAAAAAUGCUCGCUAGCUAGGGCGUAGAGCAAAAAUAGCAGCUAAUAAAAGGUGAUCCUAGACCAGUUUUUUACGCUCUUUCAAAUGGUAUAUGUUUCAAGAAAAAACCAGGAUGCGCGCUUUUGCCGAUCCCUUGUUAGGUAGAGACCCAGAGCAAGGUCAAGAGGUGCCUUGGCGAAGCCGCUGGAACCUUUACGGACUCUCGGCGAAGGCUCGGCGGAGGCUUGGCGAAGACAAUGUAUGACCACCUUUUCUAUUGUUAACCUUGGUUUUCAUGCCCUUGAAAUAUUGCAUAACGUAUAUAUAAAAGGCCAAAACUUGCUCCAAAAACUAAGAUCCGUAAAUUUUACCUGGAUAUUAUUGCAGUAACACCUGUGAAAUACCUCAAAAUAGAUGAUAAACUGUCCAGGGCCUGAUAAAUUUAUUUAUGUUAACUAAUCCUUCUCCUGGUCUCCCUCGUGCAUAUAACGACCGGUAUAGGCAUCCCAAACUAUCACCGAUUCGAACUGUCGUUAACCCAAAAACUCGUGGCGUCAUCUUUUUUUUGUGAUAAAUACUUGUUGCAUAAAUUUUAUUAAAUGUUGUUAUAGUUGUUACGCAGUUUGAUUUUUGCUGCUUCAGUUUUUCUGCUGGCUUUUGUAUAAAAAUAGAGACAACUUCAUCCUUUUUGCAGCCAAUUAAUUGUAAUCGAAUUUGAGUACUCUUGAACUCUAGUCGGUCUUCGGAACCAGUUCUGAAUCAUCCAAAGUAAUAGUUUUUUUAUGAUUUAGGAGUUAUGUGACAACCCACGCCUUUUCGUGGAAGGGGCCAGUCCGAAUGACGUCACUCAAGGAAUCCUCGGAAACUGUUGGUUUGUCUCCGCUUGCUCUGCAUUGACUCACAAUGAAGCAUUGUUAGAGAAGGCAAGUUGAACACACAAUUUAAAAACUAUAUGAUGUCGUCCAAACCACGGUUAAAAAGCAUUAUGACACCUUUAAAUCUGGAUGAUUGUAAAAUACCUUAUUCUUAGGUAAUCCCUGACGCCAAUGGCCAAGAAUGGGGUCCAAAUUACAGUGGGAUCUUUCUCUUCCAGUUCUGGAGAUUCGGAGAGUGGAUUCAAGUAGUUAUCGAUGAUCUUUUACCCACCAAAGACGGGAAGUUGUUAUUCGCGCGGUCUAAAACUCCAAACGAAUUCUGGAGUGCACUUCUGGAAAAGGCAUUCGCAAAGUAAGUGAAGUCGUGGUAUUACAUUUACAGUUAAUUGAAGUUUUGUUUAUGAUCGUAAUUCUUUAGGCUUUAUGGGUGUUAUGAGAAUUUGGUGGGCGGCCAGUUGGCCGAUGCCCUGCAAGAUGUUUCCGGAGGUGUUGCCGAAACAAUUAAUGUCAAGAAAUAUUUCCACGAAGAACAGAAAAGCACACCAACAGAUCUUUUUCGAUUACUGAGGACGGCCUUUGACCAACAAGCGUUAAUCGUGGCCGCGAUCGCGGUAAGCCGCGAUUAGUUUAGAGGUGGCAAUCGGGCUGGCCCGGCGCUUUUGCAAAUCUGUUCAGAGACUGCCUGGCCCGCUAAAAUGGGUCGGAUAAAGACGUUUGCACUUUUUUUCGGACGUCUGGAAUAGCCGUAAAGGUAGCUAAAAUCAAAACGUUGGAUCGCGUCGGCUUUUUUCCUAUAGGUUUAUACCGCUAUAUGACUCUAUGUUUACAGUAAUCACAAAUUGCAUCAACGCUUUUAUUUACAUCGCGUCAUCAAAUUACAGUCAAUUCUUUCAGUUUACUAUACAAUCUAAAAAUGCAAAGAUUUUUACCCGACCCUUACAUAUCAGCCCGUCGGAAAGAUAGUGACGGGUCGUCGCAGCAAAAUUUUUCGCCUCGCCGAAACGAGGCCCGAUUGUCUCCUCUACCUUAGCUAACGAUCUUGAACAUCCUUCAAGAAACAUUCAGUUUUGUUUUAGGCCAAGUCAAAAGAAGACAUCGAAACGAGUUUACAUUGCGGUCUAGUGGUUGGUCAUGCCUAUGCAGUAACUGCUGUUCGUUAUAUCCAACUUGACACAGCCAGUCCCUCCAAUUCUGAAGAAUUCGACCAUUCCACAGCCAGUCGAAUCUUCUCAACUCCCCUCCGAAAAAUGAUGAUCCGACUUCAGAACCCGUGGGGUGAAAAAGAAUGGAAUGGGCCAUGGUCUGAUGAUUCUCCGGAAUGGGAACAAGUAGGUGGCUGUUGGGAAUUGUAUUGUUUCUUUAGGUAAGCAGUGCCCAUAAGGCCGAAUUGGGGAUUACGGUAGACGAAGAUGGAGAAUUUUGGAUGCCGUGGGAUGAAUUCAUCAGAUAUUUUACCGAUAUCAGUGUCUGUCAGCUGUUUAAUACAAGUGCGGCCAAGAAAUCGAAAGCUUUUCAACUCAGAUAUCAUGAAUUCGUCGCUUUCGAUCGAUGGACAACCAAUAAUGUAAAGCUGGGGGCACCGAAUGAUCGGGCUGGGGGAUGUGCCAACUUUCCAGGAACAUUCUGUCUGAAUCCACAAUAUUGUUUUGACAUUAAACACGCACAGGAAUUGAUGCUGGCAUUGACCCAGAAGGAAGUGCCACCAGUCACUGGCAAGCAAAGGGAACCCUUUAUCACCAUCGGAAUGCAUGUGAUGAGAGUGGAGUGCAAUCGGAAGUAUAGGAUACAUCAGGUUGGCCUUUAUUGUUCUAUUUUUUAUGACUAUUUGAAGGCGAUAGAUCCAGUGGGGACAUCUGAUUAUGUGGGGAGUAGAUCUGUCUACCUGCAUUUGAAAGGAAUGAUUCCUGGGAGAUAUAUUGUUAUUCCGACCACAUAUGCACCUCGAGAACAGACGGAAUUUAUGCUGAGGAUAUACAGUAAUGAGAAUCUGAGGCCUCGACUUCUCGAUGAUGAUUUUCCUAUAUUUGGUAAGCAUACAAGGAUGAAGAAAUAAGUCCGAUUUUGGGAUUCUGAAAAAGACUCUAAAUGAAAGCGCUUUUCUUUUAUUGCUUUCCAAGCUUUCCAAAACUCUAUCAAAAAAUUUUUUUUAUUUUGCUUGUCGAACAUGGUUUUUAUAGAUAGAUAAGGUGGAAACUAACUGAAUCGGAUAUUUUUAGCCAGUCCGAGUUAAUUAACCUCUCUCAUUUUACAUCAAAAAUCUUGUUUAUUCGCAUGAGAAGUUGCUUCGCGAAACGCUAAUUUUAGGUGCUUCGGGUAUACCCACGGGGUGAAAAUACCCGAAUUUUCCGAACCCUAACGAAAACUCGCUAAGUACGUUAAAGAACGAAAAAAAUCGGAGUGCACCUUUUUGAUCGCAACCGUGCGCGAAAUUGACAAUAAGUAGGUGCGAAAAUUGGUUUCCCGAACUUUUAUAAAUCACCGUGUUUAUACGUACUUCAUCAAAUCAUUAACAAAAUUCGUUGAUCACAAUUUAUUGUUCGGAUUGUUUAGAGAUGUUUGGAAUUCGUGCCUGCAAUCAGCCUAAGACCGUCUCACGAAUCAAAAUCUACGACCUCCAGAUCCGUCUGGACAGCCCCAAACAUGUCAGUAUUGUAAUUACUCAUGAAGGCCAACGCCAUCAAUCUCCGCUUCACUUUGUGGACAAAGAGACCAUCUCAAUCGACGAGUCCUUCAUUCUCCAUUCCAAAUUUGUUUGUCAGAAGAUCUCUGCAGAAGUGUGGACCUUGAGUAAAAAGGGAAUCCUCAAAUGUUUUGCCCGAUCUUCACUUCAGAUCAAGUUGGACAACGACUCUUCAGAAGAGAUUCUGGAUGUGAAGAAGGUGAAGGGAAUGGGGAAUGACAUUAUCGGCAGAAUCAGCUUAAAGAUCUCCUCUUUCGACGAUCCAUAUUAUCUGUGAGGAUCGUUUACGGGUGUUACAAGAACUUUUAAUAUUUGAAAUAAUAAAACUUGAACAUGGUACAGCGUCUUUUGGUUAUCUCAGAUGAUUUUGUUGAUUGUUUUGGAUAAAUUUUAGUGUAACAUUACCAGAAGUCUUUCUUAUCAGCAAAAUCAGAUAAAGAAAUAUUUAAAAUGGGAUUAAAAAUAUUACUUCUGUCUACAAUAAACUUUCAGCCAUUUCUUAGAUUUUUAACAGACUUGUCUCUUCAUUUCUGGAAUAAUUAUCGCCCUGUGAUUGUAAGUCUACUGAUAAUUCACAAAAUUGGACUUAUCUAUCUCUUAUCAGUUGCGGACAUUAUAAGGAAAAACUAAUGAAGAUGCAUUUAGUUGAAAGAAAAAUGGCGUUAACUGUUUGGGCCGUUCUUUUCUUAGCUUUAUUCAGCUCCGCCAACGGAUUCAGGGACGAUUCAAAUGAAUAUUUUGCUGAUUCAACUGAAGAAAGUUACGGGGGAGAAGAGCAAGUGUAUAAGAGGUUUCUGAAGAGCGUAAGUCUUCAGAUUUUAGCAAUAAACAAUGAAUAUUGAUUUAGAAAGUAAGGCUGGAGACCGCCUCAACAGAAGGCCGAGAUACUUACUACACUUACAAAUCUAUCUGCUACGUCGAUGGAGUCCCCCAAAUCGUUGACGGAUUUGAUUGCCGGAAUCAAGUAGCCUCAGGGCGCCAUCAAAAUUCUAUCAAUGCCUCGGGCUGGUCUUAUCUAGAAAUCGAGACCUUCAAUUCGGCCGAUCCGGAUGUUCAAGCGUAUGCCGCGGGCGUUCUUGAGGGAGUCUUGGGACGAACCGUGCUGGAAUAUGCUCUUCAGAAUACAAUGUACACGUACUGCGAUGGCUUCAGCCAAUAUUGCGAGAGACUGAACAAGUAUCUGAAUGCAAACUUGGCCUAUAUCAAAGAGAAGAUUGAGAGUGCCCCGAAGGAUGAUCUUUACUGGCAGAGUGUUAAACGAGUCAUGUUACAGCUGAGUGGAGUCUGGGAUGGGUUCAAGGGAAGAAAGUUUGAUCCCAAGAUCAACUACAAAGUUACUCCCGUUUAGUAAGUUAAAAAAAAUGAAAAUAUGAGAGCACUUGCUAUUCAUAAAUUUAUUUUAGCCUAAUCAACAUCAACGGAGAACUUUAUGAUCUGGAAAAGAAGUUCAACAAGACCAAGGAUCCCGUUAAUGCUCUCGAGGGAGAGAAAUGCUCCGGAUUUGUGAAGAUUACACCCAACAACGAAGAUAUCUUAAUCUCUCAGGUCACAAUGAGUGGAUUCCAAAAUCUUCUCAGAGUUCUGAAGAUGUACAAGUUUGGAUAUCGUGAGUAAUGUUGCAUAAAAUAAAUAGUAUUUACAGAGAAAUACAACUAUCCCGGACACACCACGACUUUCUCGAGCUACCCUGGGAUGCUCUAUUCCUCCGAUGACUUUGCUUUAACCAGUGCUGGAUUAGUAAGUAAUAAAAAUGCAAAAACAGCAUCUUCAGGCUGUAAUUGAGACUACUGUAAGCAUCUUCAACACCAAAGUUUUGGAUGCCGUGAAGCCAGAAGGACAACUUCACACCUGGAUCAGAGCGAUUAUCGCCAAUCAAUUGGCCAGAACUGGUCGGGAAUGGUGCAAAGUCUUUGCGAGACACAACUCGGGUACCUACAACAACCAAUGGGUUGUGCUGGAUUACAAAUUAUUUACUCCAAAGAAGGAAUUACCGGAAUUUGGAUUACUUUAUGUCUUAGAACAAAUGCCGUGAGUUUAAAAUAUUAUAUAAGGCUUCUGCGUUAGUAAUCCAAUCGUAUAGAAAGCGCCGAAUUUUGACUGUAAGAAAAGUCGCGUUACGUAAUAUUGUGCAACAACUUCUAACAGUCAGGAUCUUUGCGAUUGGUCGAAUUACUAACGCACAUGCCUUAUAUGACAAAAGUGAAAUAUCUUAUAUUAUUUAGGGGAAACAUUGUCUACGCUGACGAGACCGAAUAUUUGAAGAGAAAUACUUACUUUGCUUCUUACAAUCUCCCAUUCUAUGAGUCUACCGCCAAAUUGAGUGGCUUUGAUAUUAAAGGGCCUGAAUUCUACUGGUUUAAUUGGACUGAUUGCCCCAGGGCAAACAUCUUCAGAAGAGAUCACUCAAAGGUUGUUGAUCUAGACACGUUGACAACCCUGAUGAGGUAUAAUGAUUACACUCACGAACCUUUCAGUCGGUGCAACUGCACUCCACCGUACACUGCCGAAGCUGGUAAGUGAAUUUAAAAUCUUUACGAAGAUGUUGUUGAUGUUAUGUAACUUUAUAUGAAUGCUAUUCUUCCAGCCAUUUCUGCUCGCGGUGAUCUGAACCCAGCCAACGGGACCUUUCCGAUCCCCGGAAUGGGCCAUGUUAAUCACGGUGCUCUUGAUUACAAAGGCACCAAUUACCAGCUGUUCCAACAACUCAGAUUCAGAGCUUGGGGUGGUCCCACUUAUGGAAAUGUCCCUCCCUUCCAAUGGAGCAAAUCAGAUUUGGUAAGGAGUUUAUUUUAUUCACAACUAUCUAUUCAGGCCAAGACAGUAAAGCAUAUUGGACAUCCAGAUCUGUGGAAAUUCACUCUAGUAGAACACAAAUGGGAAACGUUCGAUGUGAAAGUUGAACUCUGA